AGGAGCCCCCAGAGCAGACGGCACCAUGUCCAUCCUCCCUGCUCUUCUCUGCCUUGGGCUGAGUCUGGGCCAGAAAACCUGUGAGCAGAAUGGGACCCUCCCCAGACCCACCAUCUGGGCUGAGCCAGGACCUGUGAUCCCUCAUGGGAGCCCUGUGACUAUCUGGUGUCAGGGGACCCUGGAGGCCCAGGAGUACUCUCUGUAUGAUGAAGAAAUGAAUACACCUUUGGACACACAGAAACUGCCGGAGCCCAGGGACAAGGCCAAGUUUUUCAUGAAAGACGUCUAUGCAGGGAAAUAUUAUUGUAAAUACCUCAGCUCUGUAGGCUGCUCAGAGGACAGUGACCCCCUGGAGCUGGUGGUGACAGGAUUCUAUAGCAAACCCAGGCUCUCAGCCCUGCCCAGCCCUUCUGUGACCUCAGGAGGGAACGUGACCCUCCAGUGUGGCUCACAGAAGGUAUUUGACAGAUUCACUCUGACUAAGGAAGGAGAAGACAAGAUAUCCUGGAUGCUGGAUGCACAAUCAAACCUCAGUGGGCAGUUCCAGGCCCUGUUCACUGUGGGCCCCGUGAACCCCAGCCACAAGUGGACAUUCAGAUGCUAUGGAUAUUUUAGAAAUCAUCCCCAGGAGUGGUCUGACCCCAGUGACCCCCUGGAGCUUCACAUCUCAGAACCCAUUGGAGGCUCUCUACCCCGACCCACAAGACCCAUCUCCAGAGAUGCCUCCGACCCCCAGGACUACACAAUGGAGAAUCUCAUCAGGUUGGGCUUGGCUGGACUGAUCCUCAUCGGGUUCAAGGUGCUGCUGUUUCAGGCUUUAAACAGUGAGUGAGGACCCAUUAUAAAACUGAGAUGUGAACACAGAGGGGACAGGGCACUGUUCAGAGUGGGGGGAGCCGUGGAGCCCAUCUGAUGACCCAGGAGGUGGUGAAGGACAGUCUGGACCACAGGUUGGGAAACUGCUGAGGUGUCCAGGGGAGAGAAUAAGCUUUGGGUGCAGGGAGUGUCUGAGUGCUCCCUGUGUAGGACUCUUCCUCCAUUAAAUGUCUUUUCUCUCCCAUUCUCUUUGCUGACUCCCUGUAACAACCCCACCCUGCUCUCACCCUUGUGCCAUGAG